GAGGCAGACUGUGGUCACUGACCGGAGACUCUACUGGCUUUUAUUCUACUCAAAUCAGACCGCAUGUCUGACCCAGGGGUCCGCCUGCUGCCGGGAGCAAACUGCACUCAUUUCCCCGAUAUUUGACAGAUGGAUGCUGUGCUGUCGUAGAGGAGGAGGAUGAAAAAUACGCCUGAUAUGUUUUUUUGGCAUUUUCGCUCAUAGCCUAUUUAUGGGAGGCAGCGGCGGCUUGGCCCUUUCUUUAUUAUAGGAAAGAGAUCUCCGCGGUUAGCUAUGUGAAGAGCAGAUCGCCUAAUAAUACUCGUUUCGCGAUCCUGAGUAAUAAUUAUGAACAACGCGCAAGAUAUGUCGCCUGAUUUCGUGUUGAUGCGCCUGGUUUCCGCGGCCGAGGAUGACCGCUUGGACGCGGAAAACGGGAAUCUGCCACCGGGAGGAGUGGUGGCAGGGCUGGGGAAGGAGGUCCUGGCUCACAGCGGCGUCAAAGCGGGGUUGGAUAUCAGCCGAGAUCCGACGGCGGGCCUCGAGCAUCCCAGCGGCCGCCUGAACAAAGCCCAGCCAAACAGCGAGGGCACGGCUGCACCUGACACCGGGGUGACGGAGAGCCGAGCCCCGCUGUCCGCGCCUCCUCCGCCGCAGAGCCCUAUGGAGGCCCAGGGCUUUGACUUCGCCCCCAGCCCCGGCCUACGGCCUCAGCUGCUGGUUUUCUCCAAUAUAAUGCGGAACGGAGAAGGGAUUUUAGAAUUAGACCGUCGGAAUCAGCCGAGGGAUGCUCUGGGUUUGGAGCAGAGCCCGGGGUCUGGCUGCUCCGGCCCGGCUAUCAAUAACAACACCCUGAGUCCCGGAGACGUGCAGCAGCAGAACCUGCUGGACCGGACGUGGGGAGCGCAUUCGUCGGUCGUAACCGCGGAGAUGCAGGAAGCUGCGGAGCUAUGCCGCCGGCACCGACUCAUCACUACCCCGCCCGAGUGGCCCUUGUUGUCGGAGAGAUCCAACCCUCUCACCGUGAUUGACUCUAAAUGGGGAUGCCCCUCCAGGGACAGAGAGGGAGCCGUGUUUGAGCUGGCCCGACGUUUCGGGGAGCUGGGGGUCGGUGCGGUACCCAAGAUGCUGUUCAAGGCAGGGGAGCUCCCGCAGUGUUCGUGUCAGGGUGCACACAGGCCGGCAGGAGGGGGAGUAGAGCCCGGGGAUGACCCGACAGAGACCAGCGAUGCUUUGUUGGUCCUGGAGGGGCUGGGGAGCGGGGAUGUUGACGGCCUGGGCAUGGACGAGUGUCCGGAGGGUGAGCCGGAUGAUGAGAACGGACGACGCGAGUUUUUACUCAACAGGAAAAGGGAAAUAGUUCAUAAAAUGUCUGGGGCUUUCUCCAUCAGCAGCUUCCAAGCGGAGCUGAGGAGGCAGGUGGAGGGGAUGGCCCCGGUGGCGACCGAGGCGGCGGCAGCAGCGCACCUUGGCGUGCAGGUGUGCAGCCUCCAUGGGAAUAUAGCCAGCAGGCUCUCGCAGGUAAGAUCCGGGGAUUCAGAGGUUGUCGCCCAGGUUUCAGCCACGUCACCGUCACCUACAGCGGUCCAGAGCUCACCUUGGGCCACAAGCCCAAACCCGAGCCAGGGGUCGACACCCAGGAGGCGGACGGAGCGGUGCGCCAGUGCGCCAAGGACUCCCACAGGCUGGUCCGUGGGUGGGGAAAAGACGCUCAAAGUUCCAGGGAAGUCCAAAAAGGGCUCUUUAAAGAUCCGCCUGAGUAAACUGUUCCGGACUAAAAGCUGCAGCGGCUCCAAUCACCUGCUGGACAAAAGGCCCUCAGUGACCUACUCAGUAUCUUCUGCCGGGAGUCUGGUGGACAUGGCGAGCAGCCCUGGUGCUGAGCAGGACAGCCACAGCCAGCCCCGACUGACCAGGGCCCACAGUGCCUUCUCCCCUGCCUCCCUCUCUGCCUCCCUCUCUGCUUUCACCGGUGAGACAGUUUCCCUGGUGGAUGUGGAUAUUUCGCGGCGAGGGGCGAACACGCCACACCCUCCCACACCUCCCCCUCCCCCACGCCGAAGUCUCAGUCUGUUAGAUGAUAUAGCCGGGCCUCAGCCUGGGCCUUUCCUAGUGAGUGUUAUGGGCGCCUCCCUGCAGUCCCUCCCCCUGCCUCUCCCUCCUCCUCCUCCUCCCUCCCACGCCACCAUCCAGCACAGUCUCAGCCUCAAUGACGCCUUCCUCCGGGCCCUCCCUCAUUCGACCCCCUCGCCGGUGGAUGCUCUGCCCCCUUCCAGACAGGCCCCGCCCCCCAUGUUGUGCGCCCUGCGCCGGUCUGAAGCCAGCAACUUCACCGCCAGUCUGAGAGAGCUGGAGAAGUGCGGCUGGUACUGGGGUCCGAUGAACUGGGAGGACGCAGAGAUGAAGCUGAAGGGGAAACCGGACGGAUCCUUCCUGGUCCGAGACAGUUCAGACCCCCGAUACAUCCUGAGCCUCAGCUUCAGGUCGCAGGGAGUCACACACCACACACGCAUGGAGCACUACCGAGGGACGUUCAGCUUGUGGUGUCACCCGAAGUUCGAGGACCGCUGCCACUCAGUGGUGGAGUUCAUCGAGCGAGCCAUCAUGCACUCCAAGAACGGCAAAUUCCUCUACUUCCUCCGCUCCAGAGUCCCAGGGCUUCCUCCCACCCCGGUCCAGCUGCUGUAUCCUGUUUCCCGCUUCAGCAAUGUGAAGUCGCUACAACAUCUCUGUCGCUUCUGCAUCCGACAGAUGGCCAUCGACCACAUCCAGGAGCUUCCACUGCCCAGACCGCUAAUAUCCUACCUGAGUAAGUUUUAUUACUACGACCCCGAGGAGGAGACGUACCUGUCAAUCAAGAGCAUCCGGAGGGCGGUGGGAGCACAGCAGGAGGCCGAGUCGCAGACGUAGCAGCAGAGAUCUUCUCAGCUCAAGUUUCUGUAUGGAGGACUGAUCUGUACUGGUCUGCCAGUCUUCCAGCAUCAGCCAAUCAGAGUCCCUGGAUGUCUCCAGUUGGACUCGGAUGGACCCGCCUCUCUCUUGACUUGGACUAACAAAAAGAGGGACGAGUGUUUGCAGCUGGACGGCGGGAAAACCGUCAAUGAGACGUUCAGGUGCAGAGAACUCAGCCUCGUCUUCAGAGGGACUGCAGAGACGUUCUCUGCGAAACACGUCGGUGUGAAACAAAAAGGAGAAUUAUAAACUGGACUUUCUGAAGCUACUGAACUUGGACUUUUAAAACACACAAUGCACUGGUCAAUUUGUACAACUGUUGUUUGCUGCCGUUUCCUUGUUUUUCCGUCCAUGCUGUCAAAAAAGAGGGUUUGGGGAUUAAAGGUUGCCCUCGGGAGAGAUAUAUACGCACAGAGGCAGGGCGGCAGAGGCCCAGCUGUUUCACAGACAGGCCACCAUGUUGGAUGGCCUACAGUCUUGUAAUGGUCCCCUGGUUUAAUUUUCUGCCUGAAAACAACACUGAAAUGAACACUUCACCUAGAAAUUACCAUUUGUAUAUCACUUACUCUUUUCCUGCAUGUCUCCACGGUGAACGAAGAAUCCAAAAAGGUCUUGACUAAUUCAAGUAAAUGGGAACAACAACAGCAACAUUAUAUAAAACAUCUGUUUACAAACUCUCACACAACUCGAGAAGCUUAAUCCAAGUCUCAUGUAUCCAGUAAUAUGCUCACUAUUUCCCAAACAAAGCAUUUUCACAUCUUUUCUGCAUAAACAGUCUCAGCUUGUGGGGGCACGCUGCUCGGCCGGACAUCGUACUGUUAAAAUGAGCUAAAAUGCAUCUGCAGUGUGAGAGUUUCCUCUGUUUUUGGAUUCUUUGUUUGCAGUGGAGGCCGGAAAAUAACGUUCUCUUCAAUAAUUCAACCUACAGUACACGGGGGGGAUUGUUAGCUACAGCGCUAAUCUAAUGCUAAUGUAAAUUUGACAUCUGACAUCAAGACUUCUCUGCUUGAAGUUUAUACUUCAUCAACAUCUCAACCUGUUUUUAGCCUGAUUAUAAGACCGAAUCGUCUUUUAAUUUCACUUCGCUUCAUUUCUCUCAAGAAAUUUAAUCCGACAUCAGGAUUUCUGUUUCCAGUUGUUUUUCUUGUCUCAACUAAUCAGUCGUGAGAGAUGUAUCCGUCACACUGACGUCAUUCUAAGUUAACUUGGAGGUUGCAGUUGCUUGUAGCAGAACACUUCUUUGUCAUAUCAAAUGAAGAAACAGGUUUAAAAGUUGUUAGCUCUGUAAAUCCACUUACAACAACCGGUAGAACUGUGCCAAUCCAUCCGUUCUUGUCGCCAUUUUUCAUGGAUGUAGCUACCUAGCUAUGUAGAAAGAUGAGUUCCCCCAUUUACUUUAUCUCACCUACAAAGCUCUGAUUGUUCAGCAGAAACAUCCCUCCAUGAGCACAACACCAGGUCUCCAAACUCCCAGCAUCCUCUUGUGUUACAGGUCGUCUUUAACUGAACUGAUCGGGUCACAGAGAUCUGACCUUGUGUUUUCUAGGAGGUCGUAGCGCUGAUUGCUCUUGUUUCGAUGUCACUCCUCUAACAUGGCGGAUUGUCGAACACUCUCGACAACAUCCGACUUCUAUUUAGUGGGGAAAUAAUUAACAUUUUAUUGUUGUUAUACCGACAAAAGUUAAGCUUCAGAAAAGAAAAUCAGUGUCCUGUUGCUUUAUGUCUCACAAAAUAAGGUAUCGUUAUCAGUUUUAGACGUCCUAUGCAUUGCAGGAGAUAUUUUGGAAUGUUAUUUCCUACAUUCCCCAGAAUGCCUCUUGACAACCUUGAGAUGAGGGUUGUAUUAAAUCAUAUGAACAUAUAGCAAACUUGCCGCCUAACUACUUUAUAAACAUAGAGCUGCGUCCGAUGCUCUUAGCACAACUUGUCCUGGAGCUGCAUUGCAUUCUGGUCUAUUGAGGCUCCUGUCGCUCGAUUACUUGUAUCUGUGGCUAUGAUGUGACAUGAUUUCAACACAUAUAGUUGCUGGACAUGUAUUCACAGGAAUAAGGAAAAAUACACCAAAGAAAAACAUGUAUUCAGAGAUGCAACUUACAAAACAAACAGCUGAUAUUAACAAUGUUUUAUUAAAAAUAGCCACUUGGAUUUGAAGCCAAAAUAAUGCUGAAAGAGAACUUUUAAUGUUAAGAUGAAAGACAUUCUUUUAUUUUAUUUUUUUAUUUAUGAUUAAUGCACUUAUGCUGAUGGGUAAUCUAAGAAAACAAAACAAAAAAAACAUUUAAAUUGAUGAUUUAGUCAUUUAGUUUUGCAAAUAAAAGACAAAAUGAGAGAAUUUACUUUCUGAAUUUGGCGUUACUGUACUGGGAGUUUUUAAGACUCAUUUUCCCACAAUGCCCUGCCUCAGAGUGUGUAUAUCUGCCAUGACUCAUCUCUACCUGUUUUAUUUGUUGAAAUGCCCAGGUGUAUUUUGCCCUGAAGCUGGCUACUGGCUCAGCGUUUUCAGUAAAAAAUGAAGAAAAAUAAACAUUGGUGUGUGGCAUCGUU